AUGGACACCAACGCUUCUUCGAUGGCCUUCUUCAAGAAUAUGAAGUGCAACAGCGCCCCUUCUUCAUCCUCUCCUCGCUCUAGCAGCCGCCUGUUCUCCUUCAAGUCCAAGAAGCCCUCGCGUGUCUCUCAAGCCAGCGCCUUCAACCCUGCCCACGAGAAGGUCAUGUCUUCCAACAACAACUCUGCCAGCACUCUUCUUCGCCACUAA